AAUAAUAGUCAACCAUUGACAAACACUUACAAAGCAUAAGAAUUUCUCUCCUUUUUGUGUUAAGAAGAAAAAAGCAGAGAGACGAAGAGUCUGCGGCAGAAUCAGAAUGUAUGUGACAAGGCCUUUUUCCAUGUUCAAAAACUCCCCUGCUGAUCUCUCAUUGCCUCCACCGGAGGGUCCAAACUCUGGUAUUCUUGUCGUCCAAGAUGAAGAAGCUACAUGCUGUUUUGGGUUAUUCAACAGCGAGAUGAUCAAAGACCUGCCUCUCCCUCAGAACAAGAACCUGGAGCUUUACUAUGCAACAGGGUUUUAUCCCAACAGAAAUAUGCGUUUCCACAAAGUUUUCUUCAUCCCAGUUCUUAAUCAGCCUUUGUCUUCCAACCGCUACUAUGCAAUAUAUCCAUAUGGGAAGGAUAGAGGGGAAGCCUACACAAGCUCAAAAGAGGAGGAUUUGGAAAUGGACACGUGCUGUUUUGCAGGUCGUAACGAUGUACUACCGCAGCAUUUUGAUCCCCGGAACUUACAUCAGCAAUAUGAGAUUCAUCUUCAAACAAGAAUCAUUAAUGUGUCAGGUGGUUUUGUAGCCAAAUCAAUGGCUCAAGAUGGGUUUCCUCCAGAGGCAUUGUGGAGGAAAGGGUGGAAACUCAAAAGCUCAACGUUGAAUGAAUUCGAACUUGGUGAUGCACCAGGACUAGACACCGCCCUCCGUGCCUGUCUUCCAGAUUUCAAUUUCCCACUAAAGCCUGUGGUUGUAGGGAAGUGGUAUUGUCCCUUCAUGUUUGUUAAGGAAGGGACACCAAAAUCUUUGAGAGAUGAAAGAACUAGGGCAAUGUAUUAUGAGAUGACACUUGAGCAGAAGUGGGAACAAAUAUUUGCAAGGGAUCAUCAUAGUAACUACCAUGAUCAAAGCAAUGCUGUGGCUGUGGAUGCUGUUGUGCAAAGUGAAGUGGUUAUGGUUGCAGGGAGGGAAGCUGUGUGUGAUGAGAGAAGUGUGGGUGAUGGGGUGAUGGAGUUUAGGAGUUUGAACAAUGUUGGAGAAGAGACAAGGGUUGGGGUGAGCUUAGCAAUUGUUGAGAGAAUGAAGUGGGAGCAAGGAAGGGUUGGGUGGGUUGGUGGGGAUGAUAAAGGUCUAGUGAGAGUGCAGAGGGUAGAGGAAUAUGAGGGGAAGGGUGAGUGGAACAAGUUUGGUUGUUUUGUAUUGACUGAGAGGUUUGCUUUGAAAAGAAUGGAUGGAAACUUGGUAUUUACCCAUGAUUUCAAGCACACUCAUCAGUUUAGGAGCAAAUGGGAAUGAAAAAAAUAUGCAGUUGUUGUAUGCAUACCAAAAACUUCAAAUUGGGUUUUUUGUUUUCUAUACAUUUUUGUAGCUUGUGGACUCAGUAUGCCUUCUGAGAAACUAUUUGAUUUAUGGAAGUGUAAACUAAGACUUUUAAAUCGCAGGAAUGUUCACAUCAUUUUGAUCAAUGUGUUUACAAUGUCCCCUGUUUUGUUCCUAACAAUUCUUACAAAUUAAGGCUUCUGAGUUUGACCA